AUGCGUCAUGAGCUGGGCGCUUGUUCCAUUGACAAGGCAGCAGGGGACACGUUGAAUCUUGCGACGACCAUAAUGAAUUCUGAAUCAUCACACAACCAAGUAAACCUCGCUCGUCUAUUGAGACGACUCGAAAAGGCCGUUCAAAAUCAAGAUUGGAAUUACCAGAGCCUUACUGAAAGCAGUGCGACAUGGAUUCGAGCUGAAGGUAUGCUCCAAAGCAUCGCAUAUGCCAAAAAGCUUUUAUCGAGCGUCAGAAAUGACGAGAGUGACCUCAGUUCAUCCAUAACAUCUUCGAAUCCUAGGUCAGAGUACUGGCAGGCUACAGAGAGCAAGAUCGCCGCUCUAGAAUCUGUUCUAAAUGAUGUCAGGUCGCGCGCACAACCAAAGAAGCCUAAGGCUCCCUCCUAUCUCUCCCACGUCCCACCUCCACGACCUAAACUAACCCUUCAGCCUACUGUCACCAUUACGGCUGACGAAAUCAAAUCUCCUGAAGAAAUAACUUCGCAGGCUCUAUUACCUGUAGAAGAGAGAGAAUUAGAACCCAGGAGUCCACAGAGCGCCUUGCUACCUACCACGGCCUUUCCAGACUUCGGGGGCAAGCACACGAGAGCAGAACCGUCCGAUUCGCUUCUUCCUCCUCGGCCUCAGCAUUCCUCCAGCAAUUCCCCGACCACAGACCUCCCUGCAUUUAUGCAGACUUCGCUUCAGACACAAGAAGACCUCUCAGAACAGCUUGCCCUAAUGGCUGCACAAUUAAAACGAAACGCCCAGACUUUUGCUGCGCAGCUGCAUGAGGAUAAUACGUUGGUUCAGCUCGCACAUGACCAGCUCGAAGGGGUGCAUACUCGCGUCAAGACUGAACGAUCGACUUUGCGCGCUUUUAGUGCAAAGAGUGGGUAUACCACAUGGAUGACUAUCGGAAUAAUCAUUGUAGUGAUCAUAUCCUGGGUCUCAAUGUUCUUGAUGAUCAAGAUCACAUAG